AUGGUUUCCACACGGUUGUGCGUCGGUGCGCUAGUGUCGCUAUGGUUGACUGGUGCUUUUGCCUUCAUCGAACACGGUACGAUCGAAAAAAGUCUUGUCCAGGCACAGCAUGAGUGUGUUACGUAUCUUAAUCUUCCGAAGCACCGUCUGUACCAGUACCUGGUGUAUAAUUAUUCAAACGACGCUAAAACUAAACUAAUGAUCCGCUGCGUCGGUUUACUGCUGCAUUGGUGGAACUCGGAUGGAGCACUAAACAAGCAUGUUAUAGAGCAGUAUUUCCUACCGGACGUUGGUGACACGACGUAUCCUGAGCGAACGGCCGCCUGUGUCGAGAAUAAAGCACCGGAAGGUGAUGAACUAUGUAGCAGAGCGUUCGAAACGUUCCAGUGCUAUCUACAGCAGUAUGGUGAGCUCAUUAACUGUCCCAAGGUCGUACCUCUGAGUGAUGAGCGGCUUGCCGAAGCCAUGCACUUCUGUCUGGAUGUGUUGAGUGUGUCGUUGCCCUACUUCGAGAACUGUACCAACUCAGCAGAGUUAUUCCUAAGUACCGAUCAAUCGCGCUGUCUGCUGCGAUGUUUUGUCAUCCGAGCGGGACUUUAUUCGGACCAACAUGGACCAUUUGCGGAACGAUUCAAGCUACAGUUCGGUCCGCCCAAGCUGGACGUGUUCGACAACGAUCUGGAAGGAGACUAUUGUGUAAUUCGACUACGUCGCGAAGGAUAUGAUGAAUGUUCCCUGGCGGCACGGUCUCUUUACGAGUGUUACUACUUUGCGGAUACUCUGCUGCCUACAUUUCUGCGCAUUAUACCGCUUUUGAAGCUAGUCAUGUUGCCUGAAUCGGAGGACCUAGACGAAGAACAAGAGAUGGAGACUAGUUAUUGUUCAGCAAACAAAAUAAAACAAUGCCAAUAG